AUGAGCAAUGGAUACGCCAGGACGACGCCCUCGAGCGGCCAGACUUCGCAACCACAACUCUUCGCCGCCGAAAAUGCACAAACAUCGACUGCUUCGAGGAAGCGCAAGCGAGGACAAGACAAACCAGACGAGGACUUUGGUCUUGACUUCUUCGGCGGAGCUAGCACGAAGUCGAGUAAGGGACUCAAGGCAAUAGAACCUUCGAACGAGGAAGCAAGCGACGACAACGAUGAGGAGCUGGACGACGACAAAUCCAAGCUGGUGACUACCAGUGCGAAUGAUAUGGGCUCAGACGAAAGCAAGAGCAUAUUGAAAUCGCACAGACUCAAGAUAACGUGGCUCAAUCCACCGGUAGCACAUAAGAAAGAUCGAAAGAAAGAUCGCGGGAAGAAACUCAAGUCUGUGAAGGCUGAGAAGCAUUCGCUUUAUCCACAACCGGUUCAGUCAUUCUCCCAGAUGCGUGAUCGAUUUGGGAUCUCUAGCAGGCUUGCGGCCAACAUCGAGGACCAAGGAUACUCCACUCCCACUGAAGUGCAGCUCGGAGCUCUUCCUCUCCUGCUCGAUGCGCCGGACCGCUUUCUGUCUCCAGAUGUGCAGAACGAGGCGACGAAACUUUCAAGUAGGAUUGAUCUCUUGACAGUUGCGCCUACUGGCAGUGGGAAGACCCUGGCGUUUAUUAUACCAUUGCUUCACACGAUCAGCCAAGCGCGACGAAAGAGAAAAGACAGGAAUACAUCGGCAAUCAUCCUCGCGCCCACAAAAGAGCUUGCCGGACAAAUUGUGAACGAAGGCAGAAAGCUAGCACGAGAUACAGGCAUAAAGAUAACGCAGGUAAGGAAAGGCAUGAAGCUGGUAGCACCAGCCAACGCAUCCGACGACGAAGAUGAAGAAGUCCGUGAAAGCAACGAGACAGUGGUCAAGUCCGAUAUUCUGGUAUCGACCCCUGGCAUUCUGGCGAGUGCAAUCCAGGAAGCAACGGAGCAGGGCUUAGCCGCGCUUUCCGCUGUUGAGAGUAUGAUCCUUGACGAAGCAGACGUUCUGCUGGAUCCUCUAUUUCGAGAUCAGACCCUGGCCAUCUGGAACAGUCUCUCACAUGAAGAUUUGCGUGUCAGCUUAUGGUCUGCAACGAUGGGUAGCAACAUUGAGGAACUUGCGCGUUCAACACUCAACGCGCGGCGAACACGGAUCUCUGCUGAGGGUGGUCAGGCCGUCAUCGAAGCACCUCUGGUACGACUGGUCGUGGGACUCAAGGAUUCGGCCGUGUCAAAUGUUCAACACAGACUCGUAUACGCUGCCACGGAGAACGGGAAGCUUAUGGGUCUGCGGCAGCUGCUACAUCCAGCAUCUACAUCAGGAGACUCAGGUCCACCCCUUCUACCACCCUUCCUCGUGUUCACCCAAACAAUUCAACGCGCCAUCGCGUUGCACUCUGAGCUUCUUUACGACAUCCCAGCUGAGGCUGGCGGCAUCAGCCGGAUUGCUGUGUUGCAUUCAGACCUGUCAGACACUGCGAGGGAUAGUGUAAUGACCAGGUUCCUCAAAGGCGAGAUCUGGGUGCUGAUUACCACAGAUCUCCUCUCGCGCGGCGUUGACUUCCGUGGUGUGAAUGGGGUCGUGAACUAUGAUAUUCCCACCUCGAGUGCAGCCUACGUGCACCGGGUUGGUCGGACUGGUCGAGCUGGUCGAGAGGGUGGCAUUGCCGUGACACUGUACAGCAAAGAAGAUAUCCCAUACUUGAAACCCAUCGCCAACCUCAUAUCGACAGCGCACAAGAUGAACGAUGAUCCGGCAGCGGCAGGCACGCAAGGUGUGGAGUCCUGGCUGCUCGAUGCUCUUCCAAGCCUUAGCAAGAAGGCCAAGCAAGAUUUGAAGCGACGCGGCGUCGAGUCUAGGUCCUCAAGUGGCAAGCAGAAAGACCUCAAGGCUGCGCGACGCACUAGAAUCAGCACCAAGUCGGGUUUUCUACGCAAGGAAGAACAGAAGAAAAAGGGCGCAGUCCGAGGCAGUCGGAACAGGAAGGAAGCAAGCUUUGCCGACGAAGGAGACGAGACUGACUUUGGUGGCUUCGAUUGA